AUGGUCGUGUUCGACGCAUCAGCUACCAGCGAGGAUUUCGCCAGCGCCUUUUCAACAGAGAUCAGGGGUCGCACCUUCGUGAUCACCGGAGCCGGCCAGCCCAGUAUUGGCAGCAAGAUGGCCACUUCGCUAGCGAAGUUUGCGCCCGCGCAAAUCCUCAUUGCCUCGCGAACAGCCAAGGUCGAGCCCGUUCUCGAGCAGGUCAAAGAGAUCGAUCCGUCCGUGAAAGCCACCUUCGUACAGGUCGAUCUGUCCGACCACGACUCGCCCGGGAAACAUGGCGCUGAAGGCAUUGAAAUGCAGUUCUCGGGAAAUCACGUCGGCCAUUUUCUGCUUACGAAUCUGCUCGUUCCCGCUCUGCUCGCAGGGGCAGCUGAGACUGGCAAUGCUCGCGUCGUGAACCUCACUAGCUCGGGAUAUCUAAUCAGCCCCCUGGGUGCCCACCUGACGUGGGACGAUUACGCCGGAAUCUUCCCGGCCACGAAAAAGAACACUGGCCGGGACUUUGUGUUUGAAGAGCCUCGAUUCAAGAGUUAUACGCAUAUUGCCGCUACACCGCUGAUUGCUGCACUCGACCCCGAGCUUCCCGCCAAAUCUCCAGCUUAUCUGCAAAAUAGCCAGGUGACGCAGGCAGAAGCAGAGUAUGUGCGAGAUGAUGAGAGUGUUGAGAAGCUCUGGAAAUUGAGCGAGGAGCUUGUUGUUGAUAUGAAUAAAUUCGUGUCCCAUCAGAUCUUCACACUACGAGCGGGCUACGAUGUGGUUGAUCAAGCAUUUGGCCGACAGCACGCAUUCAAUCCAAGCUUCGGAGCAUUCUAUCUCCAUCCCUUGCUUCUACGGCCCAAAACACCGUUUUCCUAUCUUCUAAGAGGCCGCGAGAAUACUAUUCGCGUGCUUGCUUUUAUCUGGUUUAUCUAUCAAGUUGGGAAAGCAGUGUGGAAUAUUUCACCUUUCCAUCCCUUGAGCCAUAUCCCUGGCCCCAAGCUUGCGGGCGCUACGUAUCUUCCCGAGUUCUACUAUGACGUUGUCAAAUUCGGCCGGUAUACAAAGGAAAUCAAUCGAAUGCACGAUGUUUACGAUCCAAUUGUCCGGAUCAGUCCUAACGAACUUCAUUACAAUGGCAUUCAAUUUGCCAACGAGAUAUACCCAUUGGGAGGUCGGAAACGCGACAAACCUCUUCACCAGGUGAGAGGAAGUGGCACGGUACCGCACGCCAUUCUCUCAACCACACCAUACGAUUUGCACCGAAUGCGCCGCAGCGCCUUGGCUAAGUUCUUCUCACGCGGUCAUGUAUCGCGACUUGAGCCGAAGAUCCAUCGUCUCGUCCAACGACUUUGCGACAAGGUGUUGGCCCAAGGAAAAGAGCCAUUUGACGUGACUUCGGCGUUCAGUUGCUUCAGCACGGAUGUGAUAUCCGACUAUUGCUUUGGUGAGAGCUUCGGGUUUCUGGAACAGAAGUCCUGGGAACCGAACUUUCGGAAGCCAUUGUAUGCGCUGUUGAAGCCGCUUUUUCCGUUCCGGUUUUUUCCGUUCCUCGAGGGCCUGAGUGUUGCUGCUUCGGGUGUCACAAAGCAUCUAUCCGAGGACAUGAAACUACUUAUUAGAACACUGACGGUUGACAUGCCCAACAAGGUCCAGAGAGCCAAAGCCGACAUGGAGGCUGGAAUCAUGAACCGUAAUGGGCUCCCUGCUUGA